GGGUAGUAGCAAUAAUUGAAUUCUCAAUUCAAUUCUGUCUGUAUUCUGUUAUUCUGAUUCUAAUAUUCUCAAUUCUGUCGUUUCGUGUUGUGAAACAAACUGAAACUGUGAAUGUGAGUGAAUCUUCCGAUCUCUGUGACUGUGGUGACAGUCUCGCUCGUCCUCGUCCUCGACCCUCGUCUUAUUUGUCUGUUCUUUCGUUUUUAUUUCAGUGUUAACUUUUUUAGCCCUGAGGCAGUGUAGGAAAACAAUGUGAUUAUUUUAUUUGUUACUUACACUGAAUAAUUGUAACUCUCCCAUUAGGCUAUUAAGUUUUUAUAGGAAGUGUUUUUCAUAAGUCGUUUACGCCGGUGUGUGUAAUGUCACGGGUAUUGUAAUAUUUAUCAGGCAAACAAAUAGGCGUAUUAUGUUUGUUUGUAUACAAUAUUAGAAGACUAGGCUAGACUCCGGCUCAUCAUUGUAGACUAGAGAGAGAGUGUUAGGUGGCUGUAAUUUUGAAGACUGAUGAUAGAUCUGAUAGCUAAGGCCUAUUGCUGGAUUACGUUGUUAAUGUGUUUUAACUCAAACAAGAAACAUUAAAAGGACUCAAAAUGGAAAAUGACUAUGUGCGUCUUGCUGUCAACAAUGAGGAAGAACAAGCCCAGAAGCCCCAAAGAAGAAGUCUUUGGAGGCACUGGAAGAUGCUGUCGAGGUUCCAGCGUAACUUGGUGACCAUGGUGAUGGUGGCCGUAGUGGUGACGCUGGUCUACUACUGGGGAUUGAAGGAACAGAUCAAGUUAGAGGAGACAAAGGUGGCGCUGGAGCACCAACCUGAGGUGCUGCAGAUUCAUCAGCCUCUGCCGCAGCAGCCUCCUCAGCAGAUAAUGCAGCAGCCUCCUCAGCAGAUAAUGCAGCAGGCAGCACAGGAGAGGGAAGAGGAAGAGAGAAAAAGAUUAGAAGAAGAAAGGCGCAUACAGCAAGAAGAACGGUUAAGGGAAGAAAUGAGAAGAAGAGAAGAAGAACGCAGGAGGGAGUUGGAAAGACGUAAACAGGAAGAAGAGAGAAAGAGACAAGAAGAAUUGGAAAAGGAGUUAGAAAUAAUUAGGGAGGAAGAGAGAAAGAAACAAGAAAAAAUUCGAGCUGAAGAGAAGAAAAAACAGGAUGAUGCGAGAAGAGAAUUAGCGAGAGCUACAAUGGUGGCAGAUGCGAACAAUAUCCAUGAAUUUAAACUGAAACCUGUCAUGUUCCCGCCAGCAACAACAGAGAGGCAACAUGCAAUCGUAGACAUGUUAAAACACGCAUGGAAAGGAUACAAGCGUUAUGCGUGGGGACAUGACCAUCUCAAGCCUAUCAGUCAGACGUACCACGAUUGGUUCGGACUGGCCCUCACCAUAGUGGACGGCUUGGACACUCUGUGGAUAAUGGGACUACAUGAUGAGUUCAAAGAAGGCAGGGACUGGGUUUCCAGUAGACUGUCCGUCUCCUUCAACGAGUUCCAUGACGUGAAUCUUUUUGAGGUGACCAUUAGAGUGCUGGGUGGUCUGCUCAGUGCCUACCAUCUCUCAGGGGAUGAGGUGUUCCUGGAGAGGGCGAUGGGACUGGCAGAGAGACUAAUGCCAUGUUUCACCAAGUCACCCUCAGCUAUUCCCUUUUCUGACGUGAACCUCGCCUCUCGUCUUGCUCAUUCACCUAAGUGGUCGCCAGAUAGCAGCACCUCUGAGGUCACUACGCUGCAGCUUGAGUUCCGAGACCUCAGCAGGUCUUGUCAUGACUACUCUUUUGAGGACAUAGCAUUCCAAGUGACUGAACAUGUCCAUGUACUGGAGAAGACUGAUGGUUUAGUUCCUAUCUUCAUUAACCCCAACACUGGAAACUUCCAUGAAAACACUGAAAUUAAACUAGGCGCUAGAGGUGACAGUUACUAUGAAUAUCUGCUCAAACAGUGGAUCCAGACUGGGAAAACACAUGAGUUCCUGAAGGAGGAUUAUUUGAAGGCAGUCGCAGGAAUCAAGAAACGCCUUGCGAAGCGCACACCAACUAAAAACUUGCUGUUCAUUGGAGAGCUUAAGAGUUCUGGCGGCAGGGAAUUUGUUCCUAAAAUGGACCACCUGGUGUGUUUUGUGCCUGGCAUGUUGGCGUUGGGGGUUCACUAUGGGAUGCCGGAAGAGCACUUGUCCAUGGCUGUGGACCUAAUGGAGACUUGUUACCAGACAUAUGCUCAGAGACCUACGUUCCUAGCUCCAGAGAUUACGUUCUUCAACUUCAAGCCAAACAAGGAGGAUGAAAGUCAGCCAGAUAUGUAUGUCAAAACCAACGAUGCACACAACUUGCUGCGGCCAGAGUUUAUAGAGAGCCUGUGGUACAUGUGGGUGGUCACAGGCAAUUCUACCUACCAGGACUGGGGCUGGAACAUAUACAAGGCAUUCGAGAGGUACACCAAAGUCCCUGAUGGUGGCUACACAUCCAUCGGCAAUGUCAACAACCCUCUAGACACCAGACCACGAGACAUGAUGGAGUCUUUCUUCAUCAGCGAGACGAUCAAAUACUUCUAUCUUCUAUUCUCAGACAACAGGAAACUGGUGGACAUUGAUAAAUGGGUGAUGAACACCGAAGGACAUCCUUUGCCGAUAUACAAGUCGUGACGAAAUAACUCCGUUAGCCCCUAGUCCAAUGUGAAUUCACAUCUAGCUUUUGCAGUCCAUCUAUUAAUAGUACAAAUUCGGCCUAUAGCGAAUUGUUGACUAAGAUAAUUGCUAGACACAAUUUUAUAAGCUGAGAAAACUCGAGCUUUUAGUUAAUUAUUUGAUCUGACUACAAGGAAUUGUAGCAAAUCGAUCUGAGAUGUGUUAGUAGUUAGGAUCUACAUGUGAGAUGAUGGUUUUUUGGUUCAGUCGGAAUGAAAGCCUAUUUUUGCUCAAGGUGAAAUUUAAGUGCAGUUACAAAGAUUAAAAUAUAUUUUUAGCAAAAGAAGGGCUGACUAAAAAACUUAUUGGCUUUGGGGUUCAGGGUUUUGGAUCGUGUAGGGGAUUUUUGUUUGCCUUGGUGGAAACAACAGAACUUCUGGAUCAUUUGGUAUCAGUGGAUUAUUUGAGCAAAUUUUGCCUGUUAAAGCUUUGUUUUCACGAGAUGUGUUGUGGCUUGUCGUGUCGUGAAAGGCCUAGAUCUGCCAUUUGCCAAGUAUAAUGUUGGAACCGUUUUCUGUCUUGCUAAUCAUCAGAUGACUCUACAUCUGAAGACCCCUCGAGGUCAUCUAUAAUUGGACAAAACGUGAGAACGACGCUUAAGACACAAAAUACAUUUCUCGCUAAGGACAGGUCUGAAGCCCAAUUAGCUACAAUGCUUAGUAGAUUUCAUAAAAAAUAUUACAAAAACCUAAUCAUCUCACAGAGUUGAUUCUGAACAUGAUCACAAGGCUGUUUAAAUGACUGCUAAUAGUUCAAAUUAAGGUGGCCUAACUGUUGGUGCAUGUAAUAGAAUGUUCAUUCACAAAUACUCUACAUUAAUAGUUACUUUUUGUGCAAUAUAGGUCCUACGGUUCUUACCAUACUUUGUUAAGUUUAUUUCAUUUUAUUUGUCUGUUGUCAUUUAAUUUCGAUAAAUAGUUUUUGUAGGCUUCUGUAAUGAGUGUACUAUGUAGAGCGGAUAAUCUUCAUUCUUGUUUUCAACUAAACACAUAUUCAAAGACGAUACUUUUACUACUCAGUUUUCUAGGUAAUAAAUAGAUGAACAGAUCUUUUUGUGUAAUUAACACGUUCACAGCGGGCGUAUCCGAUCGGAUACACUCGGCAAUGCCUUUCGUAUAUCUUCGUUUUUGCUAUAGCGUCGGUCGAAGGCGGACCUAUACCACGUUAGCGUGUAGUGGGUGACUUGAUUUUGGUUGUGUUGUAGGUUGAUAGUAUAAUUUCUCCAUAAAAUCCCCAUCUGGCAAACUUAAAAAUCAACUUGUUGUUCCGUCUUUCUUCCUUCCAAUUGGCAAUACAAUGGGACCUGCUACGUUCCAAGCAGUGCUGCUAUUUGUGAGUGUUUAGCGAACUACGUCGACUCUUGUUAUAAAGCAGGACAUCACCGCUUGUUAUUUGCUAUUUGUCAUACCGAAAUAUGAGAGCGAGAGCCAAUCACCCGGCAAUCGGGUUUGUUCGACGCUGCGGGUUGCGCCGCACUGGGGCUACGCCUGCCAUUUGAUGGCCCGCAGCGAACGUGUUAAUUAGUUAUCAGUAUUAAAUAUGAAGUAAGUAGUUUAAUUGCACUGCCUGAGCUUUGCAGGACCUAUUUUUAUGAUUACUAGUCCCACACUCGUUAUUUUACAUUUAUGUUUCCAAACAAAAUAGUUUGUGUAGUUUUAACUAGUAUCAACAAUUUUCAUAUAAUGGUUCCUUGAUAAAAAUCCAAAGAACAGUCAUGGCUAAAAGAAGUUCCCCAUGUGAUUAGUUUCUAAUUAUCCUUUGUCACAUUACUUUUGUAAUGGACUAUUUUAAAACGUUUUAAAAAACAAAAUAUACCUAGGCGACUAGGGUUAUAAAUCUGUAUGGUGGAAUUUGUUCAUUAUUGUAAUAAUUUUUUAUGCUUGGUUUACUGAGUGUGUUAAAUAUUCAGUUAAACAAUUAGGCCUAAUCUAAGUUUUAAUACUUUUACUUAUGUAGGGCAGACUCAACAAGUAUAUCCAUUGUUAUACUAGCGUCUCAGGGUCCUGGUCAGAAACCGAUGAGAACCUUUUCUGCGAAGGAGUGGGGGAUUGUGGGAGAGACCCUCACGUUCAUUAUAAAAUUUAACUGUCAUAACCUAAUCUAACCAACCAAACUUGCUGAUAAUAUAAAAAAGAUAAGAUUGAAUGAAGGUUUACUAAUCGAAAAAAUAGUUCUGUCCAUAAAAUUAAAUUAUAAAUGCCUCAAAUUCUAACAAAAGAUUUACAGUUCAAAAGUAAUCGCGACAAAAAGUUAGUGUCACAGGUGGGACUCGUUCUGGAUACCUCAGGAAUAUCAGCCGAGUUCUCUAUCCACUACGCCACGGACACCGAUGGCUGCACUGUGUAUCGUUGUAAUGGUGUUCUCUCAAGAGAAGAGAGUGCUGUCACGCCCCCCACUCCUUCGCUAAAGAGGUUCUCAUCGGUUUCUGACCAGGAACCAGAGACGCUAUACAUUGUCAUAGGAACAAUGAUUCUACUAAUAUUGAUUAUGAGAAGUAUAAUAACAAUUAUCAAUACAAUACUUCUUAUUGAUUAAAGUGACUAAGACAAGUUAUUGUUCAGGGUUUCUUUUGCUCAUAUUGUUUUCUUUGUUAUUGAAGUAUUCUGUGUUUUGUUGUCUUUUACAGCUAGAGUUUGUUGUGUAUUGUUAUUUUCCUGUUGCUAUAUUGAUUUUGUGACUUAUUUUGUUUGUUUUUCUUUAAUCUUUGUUUCUUAUAGUGGAUCUUAUAGUUGACAUACAUAACUUUUAUGUAUGUAAAUAUAAAUUAUAUCAGAACCAAUGAUAAUGUUGUGUUUAAGUGUCUUUUUUAUAGUUUUUGUUUGUUUGGUGAUAUUUUAAUUGCAUAGUUAAUCAAUACUUGUGUGACGAAACUAAGAGAUAUUCUGCCGAAAUAAAAGCUAGAUGUGAAUAUGAUACCAAUGCGUUUAAUAAAUUUGUGUAUACUUAAAAGGUGUGAUAUAAUGUUUUGGGCUUUGACAGAUCUCUUGUUAUUGAGGUUCUCUCAAAGGUCAAAAUCUUACUGUGUUUGUAUUCUUAACUUUGUUGAUAUAUUCAAGAUGUUAGGAAGCUAUUAAAGUUAAUACACUGUGUUUAUUAGUGUGUGAUAUCACUAUAGUAGCUGUAAUAGUGUGAAAACCAUCUUAUAAAAACAAGAAUCUCUAAUCUAGAUCAAUAAUUAUCUACAGAAUCUCUAAUCUGAAAAAGCUUUACAUUUUGUAGCAAUAAUAAUUAGUGAUAUAGAAAAAUGUUAAUUCUGAUUUUUUUCAAGCAAAAGUGUUCUGUUCACAAUGUAAACAAAUACAUUUUCUGUUUACCCAGAUAAUAAUAUUUUAACUACAAUUUAUCAAGAAUAUCUAAUUUAGAAAAACAUUUUAUUGUUAUUCUAAACUUUUGUAGGCCUAAUUGUGAAAUAAUUUUUGUUACUAGCAAAUUGAUGUUUUCUUUACUUUAUGAAAACUCAUAUAUUUUCAAAGGAAAGAGGUUUUUGGAAUUUCACUGUGUACAUUCAUUGAGGAAGUGUUCUGUCUCUUUAGGUUGGGUCAUCAUUGGCUAAAGUUUCAGUGCUGAAGUUCAAGAUCCCAAUCUCUUGUGUGAACCUUGAUUUACACUAAGGUGCAGCUUUUCAAAUGGUUAGAGGGAGAUUCAAUUCCUCCCAAUUACUAAUGGCAAUUUCCCCCCUCAUAAUGCUGUUUCAAAGCUCAAAUUAAGGUGUUGCCCUUUAGGAAAAAGGUAAUACCUCUUAGCCAGAGAAAAGAGUCUGUUUUUUUCAUUGGCAUCACUUCUCAAAAGUCCUACUGUAAAUUCUUUUUUUGAAGACUUCCAAAACCUAACCUUUGCCCCAAAAUGUAUUUUGUGUUACACUUCCCCUGCCUAGGCUACGUUAGCACUGACCCAAUAUAACUAACCACCAGAUGUCAGAAUAGUGUCCCUGACCUGCCAUUGGUGCAAAAGUAUUUAAGAUUUAUUAUCUUGUUUAGCAAUAUUCUUGUAACUUGAAUUUGAAAUUAUGUCGAAGAAAUGUUUUGUCUUUGUUUUUAUGAUUUUACUUUUGACACACACUGUUAAAGGGGGUUUCAUGAAAAUAAGCUCUUCUUAGAGGCAUGGUUUGUAUUAGGUUUUUUAACAUGUUCUCUAAAAUGUGUUUUAAAAUUUGUUUAAAAUUUUUUUGGUGUUUAUACAUAUUUUUGUUAUCCCAUAAGUUUUGUUAAAUACAUUACGAGAGGGACCUACCCGAAACCAAAAGAAGGAUAUUUCUUGGUUUUCCCUACUAAAAGCCAUAAAAUAGUUUUAUGAACUCUUAAAUAAAAAUCUGUAACGUUAAUUUUGGUUAAUAAUUAUCUAUAUGUACAUUCAUUUUUAUACAAAUAUAUUUUUAAUCAUUUUGUUAAAACGUUUUCAACUUUUCCAUUAUACAGUACUUUAAGUAUGCUUAAUUAGAACGAAGUGUAAAAAUUGUAUGCAAACUCCCUGUAAGUUUCUUAAACUACCUUCACCUUCAAUAAGCUGUCUACAUUUUUGUUUAAUCUCACUAGGGUCUUCUCAUUUUAAUAUCUUUUGUUUAUAUUUUACUUCUAAAAAUGGCUGUGUAAUGUUGUAAAGUAGUUUUGUUGCCUUUACACAUCCCUUAUUGGAUCUGCUAUGUUUAGUUCUAAGUCCUCUGUUCAAGUAAAGAGACCAUGUAUAUAAUACAUAAUACAUUGCUACAAAUACGUAGCAACAAAGUUAGGCAAUGUAAGGUGGCAUUUUCACCACCCUAGUCCAAUUCAGACUCUGUUGUAAGAGUCUUAGCUAAAGAACUGUUUGUACUUAGGUGAUUGUUGAUUGUUGUACAGUUGUACCAUAUUUAUGAGGAAUU